AUGGCGGAUGAUGAAAGUGAGAGGAAUCCUCUCUUGGAAAAAGAACAAAUUCAGCGUCCACAGAGUAGUGGCUCUUCAUCCUCAAUAAAUGCAUCAACUGGUGAUGUGGAAAGUGAUCCAAUUCAAUCAUUGCUAUCUAGUAAUUCUAUAAAUAGAUCAGAAGAAUCACAACCUGAAAAAUUACUUUCUGCAAAAUUUGAAAGUUUAGAUUAUGAUGUCUGUGAAAAUGCUCUAUAUCUUCGUGAAGAAAAGAAGAAAACAACAAAGGAGAUUAUUCGUAAAGAAUUAGCGAGAUGGUUUGUAUCAUUAGCUAUAGGAGUAUGUACUGGUUUGAUAGCGUGUUUAAUAGACUACCUAAUAGAAUUAACAUCCAGUAUUAAAUAUGGCUAUGUUAGAAAUUAUGUUGAGAAAUGUGUAGAAGAUUUUUGUUUAUAUGCUCCAUUUUUAAUGUGGGUAGCAUUCAAUGCCUUUAUAGUAAUGUUUGGUGCUAUUCUAGUGGCUUAUGGAGAGCCUAUGGCAGCAGGUAGUGGUAUACCACAAAUUAAAUGUUAUUUGAAUGGUAUAAAGAUACCACAUGUAGUUAGAAUUAAAACUUUAAUAUGUAAAGUAUUAGGUGUAGUUUGUGCUGUAGCUGGAGGAUUAGCUGUGGGAAAGGAAGGUCCAAUGAUACAUUCAGGAGCUGUUGUGGCAGCAGGAGUAUCUCAAGGUAGAUCUACAUCAUUUGGUAUAGAUUUUAAGAUUUUUGAAUAUUUUCGUACUGAUACUGAAAAAAGAGAUUUUGUAUCAGGCGGUGCGGCUGCAGGUGUUGCUGCUGCUUUUGGAGCACCUGUUGGUGGUGUUCUCUUUAGUUUAGAAGAAGGUGCUAGUUUCUGGAAUCAAGCCCUAACAUGGAGAAUUUUCUUUGCCUCUAUGACCUCUACAUUUACAUUGAACGUUGUACAGAGUUAUAUUAAAGGAAAUCCAUGGGAGUUAUCUAAUCCUGGUUUGAUUAAUUUUGGUGAAUUUGAGGAUUCUAAAUAUGCAGGGUUUGAAAUUCCAAUAUUUAUGGUAAUGGGAGUCAUUGGUGGUUUAUUAGGGGCUCUAUUUAAUCAAAUAAAUUAUAUGUUAACUUGUUAUAGAUUAAGAUAUGUAAAACAGAGAUGGAAUCAAGUUAUAGAAGCUAUGAUAGUAGCUAGUUUAACUGCUACAGCAGGUUUUGUUACUAUAUAUUUUAAUAAUGAUUGUCAACCAAUGAAAGAUAAAACACAAACUAAUCUAGUUCAGUUUUUCUGUGAUGAUGGACAGUAUAGUACUACAGCUAAUAUAUUUUUUCAAACACCAGAAUCUAGUGUCAAAGAUCUCUUUCAUAAUCAACCAGGUUCAUAUGAAGUUAAAACUCUAGGCUUUUAUACAUUAGUCUAUUUUCUGUUAGCAACAUGGACCUAUGGUUUGAGUGUACCAAGUGGUCUGUUUAUACCUUGUAUAUUAAUUGGUGCUGCCUGGGGACGAUUAACAGGAAUCUUCUUUAAUUAUGCCUUCCCUGAAGCUGACUGGGCAGAUCCAGGGAAAUAUGCUUUAAUGGGAGCUGCUGCUAUGUUAGGUGGAGUAGUAAGAAUGACUAUUAGUUUAACUGUUAUAAUAGUAGAAGCUACUGGUAAUAUCUCCUAUGGUUUACCUGUUAUGAUUAUAUUAAUGAUAGCUAAAUGGGUUGGAGAUUUCUUUAAUGAGGGUAUAUAUGAUAUGCAUGUACAUAUACAAGGUGUACCUAUAUUAGGUUGGGAACCACCAGUUAUGUCUUCUAAUAUUAGUGCUAUUGAAGUUAUGAGUCAUCCUGUUACAGUAUUUAGAACUAAAGAAACAGUAGGAAGAAUUGUAUCUAUAUUAAAGGCUGAUGAACAUCAUGGUUUUCCUGUUGUUUCUAAUUUUGAUCCACAUGAUGGAACAAUAAGUCGGGAAACAUUUGGUACAUUUGAAGGUAUUAUUAUUAGAGAACAACUUAUUAUUCUACUCAAAUUAAAGGUAUUUGAAGAGAAUCCUGAUUAUCAGUUAAUAUUGAAGAAUAUAAAGGCGUCUGAUUUCCGUGAUACUUACCCUAGAUUUCCACCUAUACAACAAAUUAACCUGACAUCACAGGAAAGAGAUAUGACUGUUGAUCUUACUGUGUUUAUGAAUCCAGCACCAUUUACAAUCUCAGAUAGAGCCUCGCUACCUCGUAUAUUUAGAUUAUUUAGAGCUUUAGGUUUACGUCAUGUUACAGUUAUAGAUGAUAAACAUCAGGUGAUCGGCAUGGUGACAAGAAAAGACUUAGCUCGGUAUAAAAUCUGGAGACAUCACGGUCAAAUUAGUAUGGAGGAAAUACAGAUAUCUCAUGGUUAG